AAUAGAUGGGCUUGGGCAUAGCCCAUUUAUUUCAGACCUUGAUGGGAGUGGCUUUCAGGCAAGCCCAACAUGACUUUCCCUUGUCUUCAUAUACCUGCCUACUUUAUACUUGUUAAUCCAUUGAUGACCAUUUUUAUUUGUCUACACAUUGAUAUCAGGGCGGCAAUGCAUAUGACCCCUGAUAGAGAAUGUUUCUAUGACUUAAAAACACAGCAGAAAGCGAUUUCCAUGGCCUGUUAUAGCCGAAGGCAUCAAACAAUAACAUACGUUGCACUAGCCAUAUUCCUAGCAGACGGAUUUAACGAUGUCCAUCCUCCAGCUUUGGCUUACUUUAAAUUUGAUUCCAUUGCAUUUGUCCCAAAUUGCACUAUUCUAGUCUGGGCCAAGGAGAUUGCUGAGCCUCUGCACUUUCUUCUGAUAUGUCAGCCGAGGAAGAGAUGGAUGCAGCUGCUGAGCAACGGCUCGGAGGUUCUCCACCGGAUUUUGAUGGGAGGAGUGGCUUUGACUCCCGUACCGGUGUCUACAGUUCACUCAUAAAACUUGGGGGCCAGCACCGGGUCCCAACUAGGCCUGACCUUGACACUGCAACCUUCGUGCUGUCACAGUUUCCAGCCCCGGACUGUGCUGAGUCUCGUGUUGCGCUUAUAGACUCUGCCACUGGUCGUCGAGUCACGUAUGCGGAGCUCCGGCGAUCGAUCAGGAUGCUUGCAACAGGGUUGUAUCAUGGACUUGGGAUUAGAAAGGGUGAUGUUGUGUUCCUCUUGGCCCCAAACUCGCUCCUGUAUCCAACAAUCUGCCUUGCUGUGCUCUCCAUUGGCGCGGUGCUGACUACCGCUAACCCACUCAACACUCAGUCAGAAAUUUCCAAGCAAGUUGAUGACUCAGGUGCCAAAGUUGCUAUUUCAGCACCAGAAGAGCUGCACAAGUUGCUCCAAACUGGAGUGCCCACACUCCUCACGCACAGGACUUGUGAUGAGAACUCACUUUCCAUUGAAGAGUUGAUUGACUGCAGCGAUCCCGCGCUGGACUUGCCACCAGCCCAGAUGAGUCAGUCGGACACCGCAGCCAUACUAUACUCUUCAGGCACAACUGGGACUAGCAAGGGUGUGAUAUUAACCCAUGCAAAAUUCAUAGCCAUGAUGACACUCCUCAAGUGGUCAGUGGAUAUAACAUCAUCCAACAAUGAUGUUUUCUUGUGCUUCAUCCCCAUGUUCCACAUCUACGGGCUUGCAUUCUUUGCCCUUGGACUACUCCGUUCAGGAACUACCACUGUCGUGAUGCCAAGGUUUGAUUCCAAGGCCAUGCUUGAUGCAAUUCAGGCUUACCAAGUGAGCAACAUCCCAGCAGUUCCUCCAGUGAUUCUUGGACUAGUGAAGAAUAGCAGCAGCUGUGACCUAUCAUCACUAAGAAGGGUGGGUUCAGGGGCUGCACCAUUGAGCAAAGAAGUAGCUGAAGGGUUCAGGGAGAAGUUUCCUUGGGUGGAGCUCAGGACAGGCUAUGGGUUGACAGAGAGCUGUGGAGCAGCCACUUACUUUGUAACUGAUGAGCAAGCCAAGGCCCGUGCAGGCUCAAGCGGAAGAUUGCUUCCUAGAUUUUGUGCCAAGGUGGUGGAUACUGAAACAGGGCUGGCUCUACCACCUAAUAGGGAGGGAGAGCUGUGGCUGAAGAGUCCUACUGUGAUGAAAGGGUACCUGGGGAAUGCAGAAGCAACAGCUGCAACCAUCACUUCAGAUGGAUGGCUGCGAACAGGAGACCUUUGUUAUUUUGAUGAAGAUGGAUUCCUUUACAUUGUUGAUCGGAUAAAGGAGCUCAUCAAGCACAAUGGAUAUCAGGUGGCUCCAGCAGAAUUAGAAGCAAUACUUCUGAGUCAUCCCAGUGUUCUCGAUGCAGCAGUCAUACCGGUUGAAGAUGAAGCAGCAGGGCAGAUACCAAUGGCAUAUGUAGUGAGAGCAGGUGGAUCUGAACUCACCCAACAAGAAGUCAUUCAAUUUGUAGCUGGCCAGGUGGCACCAUAUAAGAAAGUUAGAAAAGUGGGUUUCAUCAAUGCCAUCCCAAGGUCCACAGCUGGCAAAAUCUUGCGGAAGCAGCUCGUCCUUCUAAGCCAACAAGAAGUUAUCUCCAAGUUGUAA